CAAUAAACUAAGCACGACAAUUGAAUAUGAGUUUUAUUUAUUUAUGAUCUUUCAGUACCCCUUCCCCUUUUUUUAAUUUAUUUUCUGGAACUUGUUGUCGUACUUCAAGCUAUACCAGAGUCAAUAAAGAAUAUAUAUAGCCAAGGAAAGAUUCUCCUUCUCCUUCCAGGUACAUACAGGUAAUUACAGGCUUACCAAUUUUUUCGUCUCCAUAACAACCUUCAAAGUGCCUGCUUUAUUUUGACCCGUCAUCGUCGUUGUUCACAUUUGCAAUCAGGCAGAAUGUCAGGUUAUAUGCCAGUGAUCAAAUUACCGACGUCAAAGCAUAAGCCUAGUGUAGUCCGACAAAGCAGAGUGUUUAGUACUGCAAAUAAAUCGGAUAUUUCAAAGGAAGAAUUGUUCGAUCACUCGAACGAUUGUUUGGUGUCCGAAACUUUGUUUUUGAGUAAACUGCCUGCAAACAUUAAAGAAGCAGAUAUACGUACUCUACUGCAACAUUGUAUGCCGGUUGAAAUCUACAUUGAUAAAGAAAGAGACAUCGGGUAUUUACGAUUCAGUCAUGUUAAAUAUGCUGACAAAGCUUAUUCGCUAUACAACGGGUUCACUUUUACAAACAGUGCAAAACUAGAAUUGCAAAUGUAUGAAGACAAGUCGUUAGAUCCUGAAGCAACAGCAAUGCUAUUGGAAGUUGACGGUUUACCUGAAUAUUACGAUGAUAAUAUCUUGUACGAUUUGUUUCGUCCUUUUGGUCCAUUGAAUCUAUGCAAAUGUAUUUUAAAAGACGGUGUUUUCAAAGGUUCUGCUUUCAUUCAGUUUUUCGAUCCUUCAAACUCAGAUAAAGCUGAAGCAAGUUUAAACGGCCGUAUUAUAGACGAACAACAAUUGUAAGUAUAAAUCUAUAAAAAGGUUAAGGAGACUACCAGGGAG